AAACCGGAUUCGAACCGCUCGCGUCAGUGUCAAACUAUUACAUUUACUUUGUGGUGUUCGCAGCAGAAUUAAAUCAAGUUCACUCGCGUGUGAUUCACCUGGAGAAAUAAAGAAACACUGUCCGGUUAGGCGCUGGGCUAACGGCCAAGCUAGCAAUGCUAAGGCAGGAUGUUGAGGCUUCGCUGUAAGACCAAAAAUGGGAGCCACCUCAUGCAGGGCUUGACUCACCAGUCCUGCGUCCAGGAGCUGAAGAGGAAGGUGGAGGAGCUGACUGGGAUCCCCUGCGACGUGCAGAAGAUCAUGGUCGGCUACCCACCGUCCAGCCUGGAUCUCCGAAACGGAGACGCUCACCUCAAGGAUUACCCCAUCAAAUCAGGCGACACGCUCAUUGUUGAGGAAGAAAAAAACAAGCCAAAGCCUCAGGAUCAUCCCACUGUGACUAAAGUGCCGCGUCUGGAAGCCUCACCCGUGCUGGCACGCCGCGUGGUCCCAGCCGACAACUCCUGCCUCUUCACCAGUGUGUAUUAUGUGGUGGAAGGAGGCGUAUAUGACCCCGUGUGUGCUCCUGAGAUGCGGAGCCUCAUCGCCCAGAUCGUGUCCAGUGACCCCGCCGCGUACUGUGAAGCGGUGCUGGGGAAGACCAACGAGGAGUACUGCACCUGGAUAAGCCGCGACGACACCUGGGGAGGAGCCAUCGAGGUGUCCAUCCUGUCCAAGUUUUACCAGUGCGAGAUCUGCGUGGUGGACACUCAGACAGUCCGAGUGGAUCGAUUCGGGGAGGACGCCGGUUACCACAAACGCGUGCUGCUCAUCUACGACGGCAUCCACUACGACCCGCUGCAGAAAGAAACCCCCGGCUCCGACGUCCCACCCCAGACUAUCUUCUCCACCACGGACGACGUAAUUCUGGCCCUGGCCCUUGAGCUGGCAGACGAGGCUCGGCGCAAGCGGCAGUUCACGGACGUAAACCGCUUUGCGCUGCGCUGCAUGGUGUGCCAGACCGGCCUGGUGGGACAGAAGGAAGCUCGUGAGCACGCCAAGGAAACAGGCCACACCAAUUUUGGGGAGGUGUGAUUUUAUUUCGUCUUUCUCCUCCCCCACCCCCCCUUCUCACAAAUAGAGCCACCACCAAACCCGUGCCCCAUGUCUGGCAACUGUGUCAGUCCGUGUCUGUCUGCUUGUGUGAUCCUCUACCUCACAUUGCCCAGCGACAUCCCCGGAGAAUCUGCAGACGCCGUGUUUCAGCCUCUAACCUGUUCAGUAUUAUACUUUUAAACUGCCGUCAGUUCUCAAAAGUCAGAAGAAACACUACUGCAGCGCUCCGGUGUCAACAAACCAUCGCACUCGUCUGUUACAGAUGGUUUUCAAAUCGAUGUAACUGGGUCCAGGAAAAAUAUGCAAACAAUUCUUAGGAUUUGAUUUAAUCCGUUUAGAUCACUCGAUGUUUCCCGGGUUGUGUUGAAACACACCAAACACUUAAAUGUGACUGAAUUAAAACAACCACUGAGAAUUCUUUGUGCUAUGAUGUGAUCCUACUCACUGUUGUCUUAACCGCAGAACACUAUGUUUGACUGUUAUACAUGAUGUUGGUUAUGUAGCAUUGUGUUUUUUAUUUCCCUCGUGGGCAGAGUUGUUUGGACAGUCGGACACUAAGCUGGAGUCGUGGGUUGAGGUUUUGAAAUGUCAUGAUCCCGAAUUUAUUAUUUUUGUGGGACUUUUUCCAUGUUUUAUUAAGUUGCGACACCAUUUAUAAGUGAACUUGUUUUAAGUGAAAUAAAAAUAAUUUAAAAAAGGAUGGUGCUGAAAACUAAACAUUUUAAAAACUCUGUAGGGCUUUGCUUUUCUCCAUCGGUACGGCAGAUUCUUAUUUCAGGAGUGUAGAUUUUUUAAAUGGUGUAAUUUUUUUCGGGUGUCAUGCUGUAAGAACUAAUCUUUUUAGACAGUGUUUUGUUUUAUAUUGCUGCAUAUUUUUGAGAAAGCUGUGCAGUGCAUUUCAGAACACAAGUCAUGGUGAGAGGGUGGUGUAUUUUAUAAACGGUGUGUAACUGCAUUCAGGUGCUCGUUGGAAGGUCCCACUUCCCGAGAUGUGAAGUCCUUUUCCUGGCUUUGGUGUCUUUGUGUGCUUUGAAGACAGAAUGUGUGGGAAACAAAAAAUGUAUUUAUGCAUUUAAACAACACAUUGACACAUCUUUCCAAUAUCAAUCAGAUGUCAUCUAAAUCGAUGAAAACGUUUGCAUCGUUAGUCGCAUGCAACAUUAGAAUCUACUAUUUAGAGCUAAUUGUAAAAUGAUCGGUUAAUGAGUGAUCACGUCAUCAUCUCGGAUUUUCGCUGACUGUCCGAGUUCUGACUUCAGAUGCUCUCACGUUAAUACUUUUUUCAGAUUAUUCCGACACCACAUGAAGGCACAACCAAUGACUGUGUGGGAGAAAUCCUACUCAACCCUACAGCGUUUACUGUUCACGUACUGUCCGCACAUUACUUCCUCGUCACCUUCGUUAAACAUGAACCUCUCCUGAGAACAACUCGGUUUGAUGUGAAUGUUUGAGAACUGCGAGUAAAGAUUUGGGUUUUAUUUUGUAACACUCUUCUUAAGAUUCUCACGCUGUUCCACUGUAUGUUCUCAGCUAAAGUCAGGCAUGAUCUCAGUUUAUUCCCUUCACCGGCUGCCUGUAAGGAUGAAGCUCGCUCUUAUUUAUGUUAAACAUCGGGUCAGAAAUGUUUAAUUGGAGUUUGAUAUUUGUGGGAUUUCCUUUUUCUUGACGCUCCGUUUGUUAUGCAGAACCAGUAUUUCUAUGCUACACAUCUGUGAUAUUGGUACUGAGUUGUUGCCAGAAAAAGAGUUUUCACAAUUGAGGACUGGAUUUAGACUUUAAUUUAGUAAUUUCUUUCUUGUUUUCAGUCAUGACUCAUGCUUAACUCAACUAAUGGCAAAAAUGUCACUUAUUUCUUUGUUUGAAUGUGAAUUAUACUAUUUUUCCCCCUCCUCUGUUACCUUAGUUUCUUUUUAUUUCAGCAGUAAUGGAUUGAUCAGCUUGAAUUUAAGUGAAACUAUGAAAUGGCUUUGUUGUCUUUUGUCAUAACCAAGUUCUCAUGAAUGUUGCACACAAAGCACUACAGAACAACUGGAGUUACUUGAUUUUUGUCAGUGUUGUGUCACAAUUAAAACUUAUAGCCGCUGG